UUUGAAUGCAGAGAGGAGCAACGGCUCAGAGAGCUUCUUACUUCUGCAGAAACUUCAACAAGACGGAGAGAAGUCUUCAUCUUUAAAGACAGACAGACAGACAGACAGACAGACAGACAGACAGGCAGAGAGACAGAUCGCCGUGAUGGCAGACUACUACAACGAGAGGGAACAGGACAGCAGCACUCUCUGGAUCAAAGAGCCUGUAGCUGUCUCUCUCUCAGCUGUCUCCAGGUUCAGACACUGGUUGUUUCCUGCUCUGACAGCUACAUUCAUCCUGGUUCUGAUCAUAGCACUGGGAGCUAGCAACACGAAGACAUCCAAUCAGCUGUGGUCUGUGGAGCAGAGAGUCAGCAACCUGAGCCACGUCAUCCAAUCACUGAACACCUCUCUGCAGCACGCUCAGGAAACAUCUAAGCAGGUUCACCAGCUGCAGGUUGCUAUGGACAACAACAAAAACGAGCUCAUGUCAGUGGCCGAGGCGUUGAAGCAGCUGGCAGUCAUCGACUCUCUCAGCCGGAGCGUCGCUUCGCUCAAAUGUUCCCUCGAACGGAUCAUCAACAAUAGCUCUACAGAGAGCAUGUGUUGUCCUCCAGGUUGGGUUGAGUUUGGUUCCAGCUGCUACUUCUUCAGCCGUGAGUCUCGGUCCUGGAACGAGUCCAGAGUCUGGUGUGAGAAACGCGAUGCUCACCUGCUCAUACUGCAGGACGACAAGACCUGGAACUUUGUGACUCGUCGUACGGUUCCCUUGAUGUACUGGGUGGGUCUGUCUGACUGGAGAACCGGCCGCUGGGAGUGGAUCAACCAGACGCCGUACACCAUGGAGCGCAGGCGCUGGGAGAUCGGUCAGCCUGACAGCUGGACCGAACACGGUCUCGGCCCCGGAGACGAAGACUGUGCUCAACUGUAUUACACUGGACGCCUCAACGACAUCCACUGCUCCACCGCCAUGCGCUACAUCUGCCAGAAACACGGCACGCACGCCUGAACAACAUCUGGAACCCAAACACCAACAAGCCAUUACAUCCCUCGUCAGCAGCGACAGGAAACGCAUCAUCGAUCGGAAACUCAACAUCAGUUAUUCAAGAAAACAAAGUCAAAAUAUUUUAAUAAAAACAAAUCA